UGUUUUAUACGCUCGUCAAGCGUUUCCGCGCCAAUAUUGACACGCGCCCGGUCGGACGUCGCCGCGAUCGUCGCAGGUUGUCGAAAACCGCGCGAUGUUAUUAUGAUAAUAUUAUAAUAUUAUAGUGCGCUGUUGCAGUUGCGGACCGCAAAACCGUCACACGAUAAAUAAUUAACACACCGCGUGUGUAGAACAAUAUUUAUAAUAAUAAUCACACGAGACAAGACUACGCGGCAAGCGCUGCACGACGGAUCCCGAAGGCCUACCUACCUACAAUAUUUUGUAGACGUCCCAAAUAAUAUAAUACAUAAUUAUUUUAUAUCUAUUAUAUUAUUAUCAGAUACAUUUAUUGACAAUAAUUAACAUAAUAAUAUCUAUUAUUAUUGUUGUUGUUGUUGUUGUUGUAUUUUAGCACAGACGCUUGGGGCCCGUCAUCGUCUCGUCUAUUUGCGGUCGCCGUCGCCGAAAUGUUAACGACUACCAAGCGCGCAACGAUUAUUGCGCUGUGGUUGGUGUGCUGUUACUACGACCAAGCGGCCACCAAUGAACACGAUCACGUGCGGACAAAGAGCUCGACACGCUUGCAGAAGACCCAAGACCUAACGUCCGGCAUGCCCUUGAUGACCGUGGUGGCCGGUACCGCGACCGUUAGCGGUGAAAGAUCGUCGGACACCGACACCGACGCUGACGUUGACACCGAUACUGAUCCCGACGCUGACGCUGACACCGACACUGACACAGACACCGACACUAACACGCUCGCCAUCAUCAAAUCGCCAAACGUGAACACUGGCAGUGGCGGUUUGCGAGAUUUUUUGUUCGGGAAACCAAACAAAAUUUUCAAGAGUCUCAUGCGGACUAGCGUAAGAGUCGUGCAACGCGGAAUGAACGCGUUCCAGGGGGUGUCAAACAAAGUGUACCACGUGGCCCGGAAACAGAUCGGUGUGAAGCGUGCCAGCGGUUCUUCGUCGACAUCCGCGGGUAAAUCGGACGAGAGUGGCGAUGGAGACCGGACACCGGCCAAGCGACAAGCGGUCGCCGAGAAAAAACCGACCGGCUUCGUCAAGAGGGUGGCCAAAAUGCUCGAUACAGGGAUCGCGGGCAUUGAACAGGUCACCGACCUAGGUGUACUGUUGGGCAAUAUAGGCACUCACAAGAUAUUGUCCAAGCUGGACGGCAAGAGCGGCAACCAGGAAAUAUUCAAAAUGCUUAUCAAAUUCGUCGGUUCCAAAGUUGGCAAAGGAGCCAAAGGCAGUGUGACUCAGUUCAUCAAUGAUGUGGGUACGGUAUCGACUUUCGCAGCCACAGACGACGAGGUCACCAAUUCGAUAUCCACGAUAAUGGAAAGGUUUAUGGGUAACCCCAAAGUGAGCGCAGCCAUGGUGCGUUUGGUGCUCACCGUUUUGGACGGUAGUCCGUCCACGUCAUGCUUGCUAGACCAAUUGCCGUUGUCUCCCCAAGACGUGCGGAUGGCGUUUGAUGUGUUCGUGGGCAGCAACGGACAGAUGAUGUUGAAAACCAUUGCGGGGCUGGUGUCAGACUUGACCACGGGACCAGAUACGAAAGCGUUUUUGGAAUCGGCCUUGGGCAUGAUGUCCAUGUUCAAAAGUGACACUUCAGUACCAGCCGAUGCUGGUAAACCGGAGAAGCCGACGACUAUUGUUGGUUCACUGGCUAAUUUCUUUAUGGGCAAUGACGAAAAUGAAGAAGGCGAUAUUAAAGAUGAUACCACUGAAAAUACUACACCACCGCCAAUGAUCAAUAACAGAAAAAGAGGCAGCAGUGCUGAUGUCAACAAAAACGUAUCGAAACCAUCUGCGAAAACAACAGCCAAACGUAAGCCCAACGAUGACGAUUGGUUUAGUAAAACCGAAACUACGAUCGAAUCAUCAAAGAAAAAAGCCAAAUCCAAAUCAGACGAUUGGUUUGAGACCAGUCUCGCCAAAAGCACCAACAGCAAGGUCCACAGAAGAGAGAACGUCGGUAAUAAAAAAAAUGAAGGCAGUAAGAAAGAAGAUAUCGAUAAUAGUGACAGCACAGGCUUUAGUGAUGAAUUUGAAACCAAAAACUCAAACCAAUAAGAAUAAAGAUAGACACAAUGGUCGCCAAAAAGUCAAACGCAGAUGAGGACGACUUAUACAUAGAGGAAGAUGACUAUUAAUAAGAGAGUUCAUCCCCUUCUCAGUUUGCAGAUUCACCUAAAUAAAUAUAACUAUAUAGCAUA